AUGAGUCACCCUGGCGCGGCCCCGGGCGCCGACCCCCGCCCCGCCCCCGCCGCCCGAGCAGCGGCCCUCACAGCGCGAGACGCCGGAUCUCGGGCGGACCGAGGCGCCGGGCCGAGGGGCAGGCCAGCGCCCGCCCCGCCCGGCGUCUCGCGCCCGCCAGGCAGCAAUGGCGCCGACGCCCAGGCCGCCUCCCUGCCUCGGCCCCCGGCCCCAGCCCGCACCCUCCCGGGGCGCCGGGUCCCCGCGGGCGGCGGCGGCGGCGGCUUCAUAAGGGGCGUUGGGGUCCCGGGAGCACGGCGCCCCCGGCUCCCUCGCCUGACCGCCCGGCUCUACCCUCAGCUCCGGCCGCAGCCAUUUUGGAGCGAGCGGAGACAAAGAGCCAAUCACUGUCGCCGCCCCCACCAGGUGGUCAAGGCCGACUCGCCCAAGACCGCGCUGCAGCCGGCGCCCCCGCCGCCGCAGACCCUGGCGGCCAGCUGCCCGGCCGGCGCGGGGGCCGGCAUGAUCCUCGGGCCAACUAUGCAAGGGGCUCUGCCUGCCGCCGCCGCCGCCGGCCUCCCACCGCCGGCCCCCGGUACCCCCACCGGGCUGCCCAAGGGCUCGACCAGCGCGGUGACCCAGAGCCUGCCCAGGACGCCCUCGGCCACCACCGGCGGGAUCCGGGCUACGCUGACGCCCACGGUCCUCGCUCCACGCCUGCCGCAGCCGCCGCAGAACCCGACCAACAUCCAGAACUUCCAGCUGCCCCCAGGUAUGGUCCUCGUGCGGAGCGAGAACGGGCAGCUGUUAAUGAUUCCUCAGCAGGCCCUGGCCCAGAUGCAGGCCCAGGCCCACGCCCAGGCUCAGCCGCAGACCGCCAUGGCGCCCCGCCCGGCCACGCCCACAAGUGCCCCUCCCGUGCAGAUCUCCACCGUGCAGGCACCUGGGACCCCCAUUAUUGCACGGCAGGUGACCCCAACGACCAUAAUCAAGCAAGUGUCUCAGGCCCAGACGACGGUACAGCCCAGCACCGCGCUGCAGCGCUCUCCCGGGGUUCAGCCUCAGCUUGUUCUGGGUGGCGCUGCCCAGACACCCGCACUUGGGACGGCGACAGCUGUUCAGACGGGGACACCUCAGCGAACGGUCCCGGGGGCCACCACCACCUCCACAGCCGCCACGGAAACUAUGGAGAACGUGAAGAAAUGUAAAAAUUUUUUAUCUACGCUAAUAAAACUGGCUUCAUCUGGUAAACAGUCUACAGAGACAGCCGCUAACGUGAAAGAACUGGUACAGAAUCUGCUGGACGGAAAAAUCGAAGCAGAAGAUUUCACUAGUAGGUUAUACCGAGAACUUAAUUCCUCACCUCAACCUUACCUUGUGCCUUUCCUGAAGAGGAGCUUGCCCGCCUUGAGACAGCUGACCCCCGACUCCGCGGCCUUCAUCCAGCAGAGUCAGCAGCAGCCACCACCGGCCUCGCAGGCCACCACCGCGCUCACGGCUGUGGUGCUCAGUGGCUCGGUGCAGCGCACGGCCGGGAAGACGGCGGCCACCGUGACCAGCGCCCUCCAGCCCCCUGUCAUCAGCCUCGCGCAGCCCACGCCGGUGGGCGUCGGCAAGCAGGGGCAGCCCACGCCGCUGGUGAUCCAGCCGCCGCCCAAGCCUGGAGCGCUGAUCCGGCCGCCGCAGGUGACGCUGACGCAGACGCCCAUGGUGGCGCUCCGGCAGCCCCACAACCGCAUCGUGCUCACCACGCCCCAGCAGAUCCAGCUGAACCAGCUGCAGCCAGUCCCUGUGGUGAAACCUGCCGUGUUACCUGGAACCAAAGCUCUUUCUACUGUCUCGGCACAAGCAGCUGCUGCACAGAAAAACAAGCUCAAGGAGCCCGGGGGAGGCUCGUUUAGGGACGACGAUGACAUCAAUGACGUAGCGUCGAUGGCCGGCGUGAACCUGUCGGAAGAAAGUGCGAGAAUAUUGGCUACGAACUCUGAGUUAGUGGGCACCCUGACGCGGUCCUGCAAAGAUGAGACCUUCCUCCUCCCGGCGCCUCUGCAAAGAAGAAUAUUAGAAAUAGGUAAGAAGCACGGCAUAACAGAGUUACACCCAGACGUGGUGAGUUACGUGUCACACGCCACGCAACAGAGGCUGCAGAACCUUGUAGAAAAGAUAUCAGAAACGGCUCAGCAAAAGAACUUCUCUUAUAAGGAUGAUGACAGAUACGAGCAGGCAAGUGAUGUCCGGGCUCAGCUCAAAUUUUUUGAACAGCUUGAUCAAAUUGAGAAACAGAGAAAGGACGAACAGGAGAGAGAGAUCUUGAUGCGGGCAGCAAAGUCUCGGUCCAGACAAGAAGAUCCAGAACAGUUAAGGUUGAAGCAGAAGGCAAAGGAGAUGCAGCAACAAGAACUGGCACAGAUGAGGCAGCGAGAUGCCAACCUCACAGCACUAGCUGCCAUCGGGCCCAGGAAAAAGAGGAAAGUGGACUCUCCGGCACCGGGAUCGGGAGUAGAGGGCUCGGGCCCAGGCUCAGCGGUCCCAGGCAGUUCCGGCGUCGGAACCCCCAGACAGUUCACGCGACAAAGGAUCACGCGGGUCAACCUCAGGGACCUCAUAUUUUGUUUAGAAAAUGAACGUGAGACAAGCCAUUCACUGUUGCUCUACAAAGCAUUCCUUAAGUAG